CUGCGGUUGGUUGUCUUAUUUUGUUCCAAUAGAAUGCAUAAUAGGUAAGAGCACCCCCACCUGUUUCACGUGACAGGAUCGAGAGGUGUGGGGGAGUGGAUCGGCGAGUCCGGACAGCUUGAUUAGAUCCCGUCAUGAUCUACUGCAGGUCAUCCUUGGAUUGAAAGGCUGCACCUGCUUAGAAGAGACUGGAUUCCUGGAGCUGGGACUGACUGGCAUGGAUUAUGUUUGAGUGGGAAUCGAGUGGGUACGGACGGUACAGCAGAACAUCCAGAACUCUGGGGUAAGGUAACCAUGGGAAACAUCCAGUCCAGCCGCCUCGUACCGUCCCGGCAUCAAGAAUUCGAUCCUCCUUUACCGCCUCUUCUCUCCUUCGAAAACCUUCCAUGCAGACGCCCCUCUUCCACGCAAGCCGUCGAAUCUGCCUCCAUCGUCAUAUUAGCACAUGCAGACCAGGAUGUCUCUGUCUUCGGGACGUUUCGACUUCCAAGAGCUGUAACCUUGCGUAUCCAGCCGUAAGAUGUAGCAGCAUCUACUCGGAUUAUUGGCUGGCCACGUGGGUAUCAGGUUGUUCCAGAAGUGUGGUGGAAUACGAUCUGGCUUCUUGAGGAGUUGAAAGAGGACGGCUGGUCGUGGUGCGCGGUUUGCAUCGUGGGAAGACAAUUGGCUGUAAGAGUUAAGGGGCUUGUCAAAUUUCAAAAGACGCCCAAGUCCCAACGACUUGGUGAACAGCUGCCAUGAAUAAGACCAACACAGCCCUAUCUCCAACCUUUACCGGUACAUGAACGCACACCGAUUACCAAAGUGCAGUCUCUUCCCCUGCAUUGCUCAUUCAAUUGCCAGGCACCGAUCGAUUUGUUGGUUUCGAGGGAGAUGGAAGGCUACGCCCUCCUUUAGGGGAAUAGUGCCAUGCAUGUCUGCCCAGACACGGCUUCAUGUUGGUCUCAAAACGGUAUUUCGAUUCGUUUGCAAAAAUGCCUCCUUUGGCACAUGAGACACUUGGAAGGAUGUUUAGGAAGUUGUCCAAGUCUGAAGUUUCGGACAAGGAAGUUUCGGUUUUACUUUCGGUUGUUCCUCCUUGUUUGUUUACUACCUUCCUUUUUGAGAUACGCAGAGUCUGUCAAAUGGUUUGUGCUUUGUUAAUCUAUCGGAUCUUGCCAUCUAUCUGCUUGAUAUUAUGUAAAUCUUUCGUUGCUUUAAUAUUUAUCUUGUCUCGAGCAUCUGCAUUGAAUAGGGGUUAGCAUGGGGGUUUGAGAAGGGGCCGUCAGCUGUUGCGAGAAGUCAGUUUCCUGCGAUGAGGGGAAAGAAGAUCGAGAGCUGGGGUAUCGUGCCCGGCUUCAAGUUGAAGUCUUCACAUGACUCAGAUUCUUGUUCAUGGGAAACGGUUUGCAUCUCGGCCUUGUCUCAUGCUACCUCGGUGUCAUUACGGGACUAUGGAAUCUGCCUUGGCUUGAAUCUGCCCAUCUUGGUUCCCGCCAUGAUAUCAAUGCAAUGGGACCUGGCUACUCAAUCUGCAACGUACUUCAUCGUGGCUGAUCGUUUGAAUGCAGCGAAGUCAUGCCAAGGAUCAGACCUGCUGUUCCAUGACCAUUGGUAACUUGACGAAGUGUACCCUAUCUAUGAGGGAGGCGCUGUCUCUUCUGUCAAUGUAUGGCCGAGUAUCAACCCGGGUGAUCAUGGAACGUUCAUGUUUGAUCCCACGCGCGCAGUUUGAACAAGGUAUCAGUCCCGCAGCCUCAGCCCACUCUUUGUGGCCGCCAAUUAUGAAUUUGUGUAUACUUGCUAUCUAUCCUGCUAUUUACGCAUGUGCGAUUCUUCCAAGGCUUCCUGGGUUCAUCAGCAAUUUAUGGGAGUGAGCCAGUUUCAAUUCACGCUACUUCAAGGUCUGCAAAAUGUAAUCGACGGUGCUGAGUGCUGGGCUUGCUGAGGAUCGGACUGGGUAACCAUAAGCUACGUCGAUGCCCUCCUGCUCUUACAGGAGCUUCAGCCAGAGCAAAUCAAAGUCCACAGAGCUUUUCAUCGUGUCUAGAAUAUCUGCGAAGAGUCUGCGAUGGCUGUGGCGUUCCAGAUCCACUCCUGGGACCAUCAUCCAACCCAAUCUCCUAUUUUCCGAAAUAACCAGCAACCCAUCAUAAUGUAUCCGUAAUUCCAUGACCCUGAUUUGCGAUUUUCUCGGAUAUUUGUAUGUCUACGAGUAGUCCUGGUGAAGAUCGUUCUAGUGGGUGGAUCUGAAAGGAUGGGCAAGACUGGUUCGACACCCUGUAUCAGCCCUGUUCCAUUAGCAAACGUAUGCCUUCCCAUUGUAAUUCUUGGUACUUAAUUUCGCGCUCUUCAUAUGUCUUGGCUCUGCGUAUCCAGCUGUUUUCGAACUAAAUCUGCGAUUGAUGGCAAGCUUUCUCGGCCACUUUCUUCGAGGUUUGACCGUCACAGCACAACACUGUCACUCCCUUGUAGAUCCUCCGCCUCCUUGCUUGCAUAUAUGCACUGUAGAUCAUGCAAUCCUUUGAGUUAUCUGCAGAAGAGCUGGCCACCCACGAUAGAGAUUCUCGACGAAGGCGAGUUCUUUCGGAAGUCGGCGAACUCCACUCUCACCCAAACCAGGGCGUGUACGGCCUUCCGUUGCUCAACGAUAUUCUUCUGAAACCUCGCAGUCCAUAACCAGUGUCAAUUAGCUCCAGUAGCAACUGGUAGAUGUCUGGUGAAGCGUUCGAUCUGUUAGCGGUAGUAAUUCGUCGCUGGUCUUUGUGGCGUAGAAUCCUACCCUCGUCAAGGCGGUCUGCAGACCCAGUAGACAUCUGGCUAUUUGGCUAUUGAGCUUGAAGAGAGAACAUAUCACUGUAUUCGAUUCAUUGUACGGAAUCGAUCCUGAAUUUGCAAUAGAGGGUUCGGGAUCGUUCGUCGCACUCCAGAGACCAGUCAGUCAGCUUGGAAGCAAGGGUAGAAUAUACCUACCUUCCUCGUGCGGGUUCUAAGUUUCGCAGAGUAUUAUCAUAGCUCUUCUGCGUCCUGUGUGUCAUAAUUCGUAAUAGAGCCUACUGUUGCGAAGAUGAUCGGUCUGCUCGAGGUGUUGUUUGGAAGUCCAUCCCGUACAGUCCCAGACGCUCACCUUGCACCUAUGUAGUAUUUUCCAUCAACGCUGUAUCCGCACCAUUUCAGCUUCUGGUCAACAUUCCUCACUCAUGAGUUGAGAGCAUUAGACACCGACGGAAGCGGUAGCGACAGUUGGACCGUUUCCUCGUUGGUACUGUCUUUCAACUCCAUUCGCGCCAUUUCCAGAUAAUUUUUGCUCCUUGGUAUCUUGACAUUGCGCAAAAUGUAUCAACUUAUCUAUCUGCCCUCCACAAUGUCUCCGCUCGACAAUUGAGAACAGGGUGAGAGGCGUCAUGUUCAUUGUGUGUGGCGUUCAGGGCUCAUCAUUCCAACGAGGCUGUAAUCGGCUGUUUUGUUACCUCCAUUCUUGCUCGUCUCUCUUCUUUUCCUAGUUAUUGGGUAUUUAAAAUAGUUUGGAUAUUGAUUCUCGCACCGUUCUGUCGUGGGAAGCAUGCUUGGAUCUGGUGAACUCGGGUUGUAGGCACCGUUAGCCAUAGACACAUCAGACCACCUAUCGUACCCUUGUCCUUAUUGCCACAUUUUACAUUCAAGUUCCUAUGGUGAAUAUAUCGUCUGCGAGAUUGCGAUGAGGUCUGCGAUCGAUGGAGGCGUGAUCGGUUGUUCUUUCGGAGCCUAGCCAUUACUCCACGUUGCUGACAGCCUCCGUUGUGUCCAGCAGAAUGCAUUUCCUACCCAAUGUCAGUUUCAUCUCUCUCUUCGUUCAGACAAAACCCCCGUAGUUCUCAUUCAGCAGUGCUGAGAUCUGCGAUCUGCGAUCUACGAAGGCUCUCUUGUCGCAGCUUGCGCCGUGUUUGGCAGCACUUGUUUCAACACUCUGGCAUCCACAUUCCCAUUGUCCGAAACUACCCCCGCAUGAUGAAUCUUAUACUUGGUUCAUUAUCAACAGGAAGUUCUCUGUGCGAUUGGUAGGGUACUGUGUAGUCGCUGUGGACGAAUCUGGCGGCCUCUCUGUGGAUUUGGGAAGUAAACAAAGCAGCAGACUUGGGCGCUGAUCUCAAUAGGUCGAUUUUUUUUUAUCAGGAUUGACUUCAGAAUGAUCAAGAGCUCAAGACUCGUGUAAUUGAAGUUGUCUCGGUCUUUCUGAUUGCAUUAUUUACCCACUGUCGCGAUUCCUGGCAGGAUCCUACUCAGGUGCUCCUUCCACACCACAAUAUCAAACUCUAUCACCGACACUUCAGAUUGAGAGACUCCUACAUCUAGAAAUAUCAUUACCAUCAUCUCAAAACACUCUCAACGCCUCAAUGUCUACUCUCGCAACAUACAUCACCAUCGCCAGCACUCCAGCGCUCCUCCUCUUGCGCGCACCGCCCAUACCGGCUCGAUCGGGGCUCUCGCUGUUGGGAGGCUACUCUCGCCACGAACCUCAUUCCGGAUAGGUUCAAGCAUCGACCAGCUCAUGAAUCCAAUCAUUUCACGAUCACAAGCAAAUUUUUUCCAGAGAUCAGCACACGAAAACGGUCAAGUCCAGCACGUCACCCAACAAUUACUUAGUGCCACAGAGGGGUUCAAAAGGUCGACCGCCCCCCGAGAUUCUGACUUUUCUUUCUCUCCUCUACACACUUCGCUCUCCUCUCCCACACAUCAUGUCGCGUUUCCACCGCUUCAUUCCUUCUACCUCUACCAAGGUGGUCCCUGGACACCUUCGGUCACCUAUCUCGGCGUCUCUCUCUGAGAUUCGUCGUGGGUCUCAGUCCCACACCUCUCCUCCUUCGCCCUAUUCCCUCCGCCCUACCCUCAACUCUUGGACGAAGAGAUACAUUCGCACUGCCGACAAGAGCUUCCAGACUCUUCGCAGUGCCCCUUCCUACCCUAACACUCACUUCCGACGGACAUCCUUCGACAAUUCCUUCGACACUUCGGUAUUGGAGGAGGAGUUUGAGGACGUUCCUGAGGUGAGUGUUUCUGCUAGCAUAUCAGCCAUCUCUCCUUCUGCCUACGAGCAACCUCAAACGCCAAAAACAAUUGAAAAUACAAAAUCAAAAAACACAAUUCCAGUUGAUUCUUCCUCACAAUCUAUGUCUCCGGUUUACUACCGCUCUCCGUCCCCCACUUCUGCAAAUGACUCUAGCCAGUGGCAUAAGUCUUCCUUCGGGAUCAAGGAUCCUUUUAUGUCCAACCUCCAUUUCGUGCGAAUGGAUGAGUCUUGCAACUGCUCCAAGUGUGAUGCGGCUUGCAAUGACUUGGACGUUUCUGACUCUAUGACUCUGUACAGUGCAGAGUCGGUCUCCUUCUCAGUAGAAGAUGACUCGAGUCUCAUCCCCAUUCUGGAGCCUUGCAUGGCUUUCAGUUUCACUCCAUACACAUCAGCACCUUCCUCUCCAUCUACUUCUUAUAUUUCAGAAUCUUCGUUCUGUCCUUCGUCGUCCCCGUCCUCUUCCCUUUCAGAUGAGUCUAGCCAGUGGCUACUUGAGAACUCUCUGAUUUACAAAGACCCAUUCCAUCCUAGCUUCCCUGUAGUGCGGGAGGAGCAGGAUGAUACUGCAUCAGACUCUAGCUAUUGGCUUGAGAACUCUCUGAUGUACAGGGAUCCAUUCCCUCACACUCCAAGUAAGUUUGAUCCCCCUCCUACUAACCCCCACUUGGACGCUGAGGUGGCGGACGAUUCAGGUUCAAGGUGGAUUCAUUCUGCUGUAGCUCUUGGAGUUGCAGUAGUCUCUUCCCUUGCACUAGCUUGGGCAUUAUGGUAA